AUGAUGGCGUAUUCCCGACUCGGUUCUGUGAGGAAGACGAUCCUGUGGCAGAAUCUCCUUGGGGAUUCAAAUGGUUACUCAAGCUGGCAUAGAUCUUACCGGACACAGGGUGACUGGGGGAAGCUGCGGUCAAUGAUUAUAAAGAGAGUAGAGGAUCGGGCCGGAGAGUAUCCGGUGAAAGCAAUCGUCCCCGUAGCAAAAGAGGUGAUUGAAGCUAGAACGAGGGUUAUUCGUGGGGUCUCCUUGCUGAUGAAAGUCGUCCCUGUCGUCUCCUGCAAGUUCUGUCCUGAGGUUUUUGUUGGAAAGGAAGGUCAUCUGAUUGAGACCUGUAAAGGGUACAAGCGCAUUGGGAAGAAACGAGUUCAUGAAUGGAUUCCCGGUAGUUUGAAUGAUAUACUCGUCCCAGUCGAGUCAUACCACUUACCCGAUAUGUCUCCAAAGGUUAUUAAACACGACGAAAGGUUUGACUUCGAUCGUGUUCCUGCUGUGGUUGAGCUGUGCAGUCAGGCUGGUGCUGAAUCAGAUCAGCAUAGCCCACAACAAGACAAUGGCAUUGAUGACAGUGCAGCGGCGUCUUUGGCACCCGAGAAUGUAAGAUCUCUCGCCAAUGGGACUCUCAAGGCGUGGGAGACGCUUAGGUCAGGUGUAGAGAAGUUGUUACUGGUUUAUCCGGCUAAAGUUUGCAAGCAUUGCUCAGAAGUUCAUGUAGGUGCAUCAGGGCAUAAAGCUCGACAUUGUGGAGUGUUCAAGUAUGAAAGUUGGCGUGGAACACACUUCUGGGAGAAGGCAGGAGUCGACGAUUUGGUGCCUCCAAAAAUUGUGUGGAGCCGGCGAUCUCAAGAUCCGCCGAUUCUAUGUAACGAAGGGCGAGAUUUCUACGGGCACGCGCCAGCAUUGGUUGAUCUGUGUGCUAAAGCUGGCGCCGUUGUCCCAACUAAGUACUUCUGUAUGAUGAAAGUUCAAGGUUUGUCUCCUCGUCGUGGGUGGUGA